AUGGAACAUGCUGGAAAAAAUCAGGUAUUGAUUUUUGUCCACUCGAGAAAAGAAACCGGAAAAACAGCACGAGCUAUACGAGAUGCUUGUAUGAAAAAAGAUACUAUUUGUGCAUUUCUUAAAGACGGUUCAGCUUCACAAGAAGUUCUUCGAACAGAAGCAGAACAAACAAAGGUUAGUAUGACUGAUAUGAAUUGUGCUGAUCGAACAUUAAUUGAAGUACCUUUUGCUGAACGACAUAUUCAAGUACUUGUAACAACAACAACACUUGCUUGGGGUGUUAAUUUACCAGCUCAUACAGUUAUUAUCAAAGAUACACAAAUUUAUAAUCCUGAGAAAGGUCGAUGGACAGAAUUAGAUGCACUUAAUGCUAUUCUGAUGCUCGGUCAUGCUGACCGUCCGCAAUAUGAUACUCGUGGUCAAGGUAUUCUAAUUACUAGUACCGAUCCCAAUUAA